AUGAUUGACUACUCUGUGGUGCCGGGCACCGGGUACUUGGUUGACAAGAACAAAGAGAAGAAAGAAGGCGUUAUUCUUAUUCCCACGCCUUCCGACGACCCCAAUGACCCAUUGAACUGGUCCCCCAAUAGAAAGCGGCUCCACAUGUUCUGUAUUGUGUUAUACACCUUUGCUGCUGGUGUCCCCGGGACAUGUAUCUAUUCUGUCUUGCCUCAGAUCUCCAAAGGCACAGGCAUUAGUUUGGCAGACCUCAAUGCUGGCACCGGGUAUGCUUUUUUGUUCUUGGGUCUUGGAAACAUCUUCUUUCAGCCCUUGGCCUUGCAGAUCGGCAAAAGACCCGUUUAUCUUCUCUCGUGUUUGGGAGGUGGGUUCUUCAAUUUGUGGCAGCCCUGGAUCACCUCCAAUGGUGAGUGGAUAGCUUCCAAAAUCCUUGCUGGUCUCUUCACUUCGCCAAUUGAGGCCUUGCCUGAACUUUCCAUUUCCGAGCUCUAUUUCGAGCACGAGAGAGCCACUUAUAUGGGUAUCUACGCCGUUUCUCUUUAUGCCUCGAACUACAUGGCCCCCUUGGUGGCUGGAUUUAUCAACCAGAACCUGAGGGAUACUGAUGUAGGCGGGUGGAAAUGGGUCAUUUUUUGGUCGGUGAUUUUUGCCAGUGUCAGCUUUGUGUUUCUUUUCUUCUUCAUGGAGGAGACUACUUACGAAAGGAAACUCAGAGUGGCCAAAGACGACUCGGGAGAAACUUUGGCAGUGGUCACAUCAGGAGGUGAAUGGGAGAAAGUGAACCACGUGGUCACCGUCAAAUCCCAAUCUCUGUCUGACGGUGGAGAGGCUUUACAGGCUGUGACAAAUCUUGGGAACCAGGCCGAGUUGGUUUCUGCAGAUGACCUUCCAGCUUAUGCUCCACCUAAAAGUUUUGUGCAAAAGCUCUCUCUCACCCUGGGAAUCACCAAAAAAUUCUUGAUGUGGGAGUUCAUCAAAACUACCGCCUACAUGUUCCGCUAUCCCAUUGUUCUCUGGUCGGGCUUCCUUUAUGGCUCGACGCUUAUCUGGUAUACUGUUCUCAAUGCUACUGAGGCCAUGGUUCUCAGUGCCCCACCUUACAAUUUUUCCAGUGCCAUGUGUGGAUUGGCGUAUGCCUCUCCGUGUGUUUUCACCGUUCUUUUAUACUUUUACGCCGGCUGGGUCGUCGACUGGUUGAAGGUGAAAAUCGCCAGAAAAAGAGGGGGAAUCUCUGAAGCUGAGGACCGUCUUUGGGCUUUAAUUCUCUAUAUGAUCUUGGGUCCCGCCUCGCUUAUUUUAUGGGGUGUGGGCGCCUAUCAUGGCAUCCACUGGUUUGGAGUCAUUAUCGGCUUUGGAGUCACAGCUGGUUUGUGUAUCCUUGGCUGUGUCAAUACUGUUACUUAUGUUGUAGACUGCUACCAUGAAGUUUCUGGUGAGGCUAUUGCUGCCGUUGUCAUUAUUAGAAACAUCAUGAGUUUUGCAGUUAGUUAUGGUAUUACGCCCUGGGUGCAAAACCAGGGUUUGCAGCAUACUUUUAUAGCUGCUGCGUUUAUUUGCUUGUUCUGUCUUGCCACUUUCCUAGUUAUGAUGGCCACUGGAAAGUACUGGAGAGUGAAAACAGGCGCCCUGUACUGGGCCUUGGUGGAGAAACGCAGAGCUAUGGGUAUCCACCAUUGA